AUUGUUGCCGGAAGUACAUCCUGCUUGUCAGAGGAAAAACAUCGGCAUGUGAAUUUAUUUGGAUUUCCAUGUGCUACCGGCUUCAUCGAAAUAACAAAUAAAAUCACAGAAAAUUUAGCGACAUCUGUUAGCAGUCAUGGGCAAAAAAGGCAAGAAUGAAAAGAAGGUGAAGGGAGCAGAGAAGACAGCUGCUAAAAUGGAGAAAAAGGUUUCAAAGAGGUCCAAACGAGAGGAGGAGGAUUUGGAAGCUCUAAUUGCUGAAUUUCAGAGUCUGGAUGCAAAGAAGACCCAGGUUGUAGAGACAACAUGUCCACCUCCAUCGCCGAGAUUGAACGCGUCUUUCUCUGCCCAUCCUGAGAAAGAUGAACUCAUCCUGUUUGGAGGAGAAUUCUUCAACGGAAAGAAGACGUACCUGUACAAUGAUCUGUUUUUCUACAACAUCAAGAAGAACAGCUGGGUUAAGUCAGAGAUCCCUAACCCUCCUCCCCCACGUUGCUCUCAUCAGGCGGUGGCAGUUCCCCAGGGUGGCGGCCAGCUCUGGGUGUUUGGGGGAGAGUUCGCCUCUCCUAACGGGGAACAGUUCUACCACUACAAGGACCUUUGGGUGCUUCACUUGGCUACACACACCUGGGAGAACAUCAAAGCACCUGGUGGUCCAUCAGGUCGCAGCGGCCACCGGAUGGUCCUCAGCAAGAGACAGCUGCUGGUGUUUGGAGGUUUCCAUGAGAGCACCAGGGAUUUUAUCUACUAUAAUGACGUCUACUCCUUCUCCCUGGACACCUUCUCCUGGUCACGCCUCUCUCCGUCAGGCUCCGCCCCCUUGCCGCGCUCCGCCUGUCAGAUGACCUCCUUGCCCGAUGGUUCUGGUGUCAUCAUCUAUGGGGGAUACUCUAAAGUGAGAGUCAAAAAGGAUGUAGAGAAGGGGACCAUCCACUCUGACAUGUUUCUUCUGAAGCGAGAUGGUAAAGAAGGCCAAGAGAAGUGGUCGUGGUCCCGGGUGAGCCCCUCAGGUAACAAGCCUCCUCCUCGCUCUGGUUUCUCCCUGGCGGUGGGCCCAGCAGGGCGGGCGGUGCUGUUUGGUGGGGUUUGUGAUGAGGAAGAGGAGGAGACCCUGGAGGGUGACUUUUACAACGACCUCUACCUGUAUGACACUGUGAAGAACCGCUGGUUCCCCGGCCAGCUCAGGGGCAACAACAAGACAGAGAAGAAGAAACGACGAAGGGGGAAGAAGGGUGAAGCGGAGGGGGGGGGUAGCGGAGGAGGAGGGCGAGGAAGCCCUCAAGGACCCACUGAGGUCAUCAAGGAGAUCGUCACAGAGGACGGCACAGUGAUGACCAUCAAGGAAGUGAUCCCUGGAGCUCAGGAGGAGGAGGAGGAGGAGGAGGAGGAAGAGGAGGAGGAGGACGAUGGUUCAGCCUCGGCUCUCCUGGUGGAGCCCUGCCCGAGGUCCAGCGCCAUGGCAGCGGUGCGUCAGGGCAAGCUCUUCCUGUACGGGGGGAUGUUCGAGGUGGGCAACCGCCAGUUCACCCUGAACGACUUCUACAGCCUGGACCUCCACAAGAUGGACCAGUGGGAGGUUUUAAUUGAAAUGGACCCAAAGACACAGGAGUGGCUGGAAGAGUCUGAGUCAGAAGAGGAGGAGGAAGAGGAGGAGGAGGCAGUGAAAGGAGCAGAAGGGGAGGAAGACGAGGAGGAUUCUGAAGAGGAAAGCGAGGACGGAGAAGAUGAAGAUGAGCACCCAGCAGUGCAGGAGGGGGAGACGGUGACGGAUUAUCAGGCCCGUACAGAGCAGUACUGGAUAGGACUGGCACGCACCAAUAUGGGCCCAGACGUCAAGGACAAAAAGGUUGCCAAGGUCGCCCUCGCCAUGGCUAAAGUCUUCUAUGAAGACCAGUAGUGGGAUACGCCAAAUGUUGAGUGACUGUGAGUGUGCUGUUUGUGUGUGUGUGUGUGUGUAAAAUAUUUUAUACCUUAUAUACAACAUCUGUAAAUGUCAUUUGGACUGUGCUGCAAAUAUUUCAGUAAGUCAAAGUUCAUUCAAGUUUAAAACAGAAAACACUUAACUUGAGUCAAAUGGAAUUUAUCAAAUGAAAUUUGAUUAUAUUUUUCAUUUGUGGGUAUACCAUCCUAUUUACUCACUGAGUCCAUUACAUAAUAUUAUAAACUGCAGCUGUCAGUUUUGAGACAAGAGUGCCUAAGUAAAGUGUUUAAACACUUGGACCCACAUUUUAGUGCAAACCAACAUUAACAUCAAAUUACAUCUGGUUUUGUGUCCGUGAGGACUGAGAUACUGUACAUUGUACAUAAAAAACAUGUUUCUUUGUUCACACACAUUAAAAAAUCGGUUUUACA